UUGACGAGAUACGAUAUAGAAUAGGUAAUUCGACUCAUAUUCAUCUAGUCGUGCUAAGUCCCUCGAUGUGAGCACAUCUCAACCACACUUAUCCUCAUCCUCAUCAUCAUAAUCAUAGACCGUCUGGAUUACUCAAGUUUUUCUUCAAAAGGCUAAUAACAACGAUAAGUCGACCGGGAUGCAAAUACUUGAGAGCUCUAUGAAUCAUCACUGACUUUUAUUUCAAAUUUAUUAGCAACUUGGAAAAUGACAAAAGCAGCCAUGAAAAUAUUAUCAGCAAUCAUAACGGCUUUAAUCAUAAAUAGAACACUCGCUGACAUCGAGAUAGCCCACGUAGAAGGUGCAUUUGAAAUGGAACCGCCAAUAGUUGAACCACCUAAACCACUACCGGGACUUUUAUACCCACGCGAAAGUGAAUCUCGAGAGGUGAGAUCACUAGACGGACUCUGGGAUUUCGGAGUUUUGUCCAACGAAGAUUUGCAGAAACGACAGGAUAAUUGGCUUAAUGAAGAUCUAUCAAAAACAAUGGUAACGAUGCAAAUGCCCGUGCCGUCAUCUUACAAUGACAUAACAACGUCACGAAAAUUACGAGACCACGUUGGUACGGUGUGGUAUCAAAGAACUUUUUUCGUUCCGCUCUCGUGGGCCGACCAGCGAGUCUUUGUUAGAUUUGGAUCGGUUAAUUAUCUCGCUCAAGUGUGGGUGAACGAUGGACUGGUAACGAACCAUGAAAUGGGACAUCUGCCAUUUGAAGCUGAAAUAUCGUCGCAUUUAAUUUUCGGCAGGAAAAACCGUAUCACUGUUGCUGUUGACAACACGCUUUUGCAAACGAGUGUGCCUCAAGGUAGACUUACUGAGACUCGAUCUGAUAAUGGAACUGUUUGGAUACAAUCCUAUACCUUUGACUUUUUUAAUUACGCGGGUAUCCACAGACCAGUUUUACUGUACACCAAACCCCGAGUGUACAUUGAAGACAUUACCAUUAAAACAUCUAUUUCCGGAGACACCGGACUAAUCAAGUACAUGAUUCAAACCGAAGGCGCUAAUGAAUCUGAAACUGUAAUGUGUACCAUAAUUGUACGUGAAGAAGACGGAACAGCAGUAAGUGAAGAAAUAACCGAUAGUUUUUCCGGUACAAUAAAAGUACCGAAUGCAAAACUUUGGUGGCCUCGAGGUAUGAGUCCAAUUACUGGUUACCUAUACACAUUUGAAGUGUCUAUUUCCGUCGGAAAUUGUACUUUAUUCGACACAUAUCGACUUCCAAUAGGAAUUAGGACUUUAAAGUGGACUAAUACAAGUCUACUGUUGAACGAUAAGCCCGUGUAUAUGAGAGGAUUUGGUCGUCACGAAGACUCGGUACUGAGAGGUCGCGGAUUAGAUCUCGUUACUAUGACUAGAGAUUACGAAUUGUUGAAGUGGGUUGGAGCCAACGCCUACAGAACCAGUCACUAUCCUUACAGUGAUGAAGUUAUGGACAUGGCAGAUAGACAGGGAUUUCUUAUUAUUGACGAGUGCCCAUCUGUGGAUGCUGAAAAUUUUACACCGAGUUUAUUGGCGUUACAUAAGACUGCUAUCUCUGAACUUAUUCGUAGAGAUAAAAAUAGACCUUCUGUUAUCGUUUGGUCGAUUGCCAAUGAACCGAGAACUCAACUCCCAGAUGCUGAUGAAUAUUUUAAGGAAAUAGCAAGACAUACUAAGACUACAGACCCAACUAGACCGAUUACUGCUGCUUUAGCACGCGGAGUUGGUGAAGAUAAGGCUGGACAAUAUUUGGAUAUCAUCAGUUUCAAUAGAUACAAUUCUUGGUAUCACAAUACAGGGAGACUGGAUAUGAUAACUGAUAAUGUUAUUGACGAAGCUGAGGCUUGGAAUAAUAAAUACAACAAACCAGUUCUUAUGUCUGAGUAUGGAGCUGAUACUAUGCCAGGUUUACAUGAAUUUCCUGAGUACGUUUGGAGUGAAGAAUAUCAAACCGCACUUCUGUCCCAACAUUUCUUAGCAUUUGAUUAUCUUCGACAGCUCGACUGGUUCAUUGGAGAAUUUAUCUGGAACUUUGCUGACUUUCGUACAGCUCAAACGUAUACAAGAGUGGGCGGUAAUAAAAAAGGAAUAUUUACAAGAAAUAGAGAACCAAAAAUGGCAGCUUAUCAUGUGAGAAAAAGGUACCAUGCCCUUGGACUGGAAAUUGAUGGAGAAAAUCCGCCUCAAGAUUUAGAGUACUAUGUUAUCAAUAAUCCAGUUCAUUGUUUGGGAUCUAAGUGACUGUAAUCCAAAGGGCCUGUGCUUAAAUUACGUAACAAAUUUGAGGGGAGGGUCAUACCACUUUGUUACAAAAAUUUGUAUUACAAGUAUCUGUAAGUCAGUAAUUGCGAAAGUAAUUUAAAGAUGACAAUUUGCCAUUUUCAUUCAAAAAAACAUUACGUACAAUUUAGACAAGGGAGGGUAAGAUUUUGAGCGAAAAUUUGUUACGUAAUUUAAGCAGCCCGUAAAUUAACUGACUAGUUUUUAAAAUAACUAUUAAAAUAAGUUAUAGAUAAGAUACGUAAUAUAAAUUAUGAAUAAAAAAAUAUAA